CGUCGGCUAAUGGCUUUGGUACUUUGGUUACUUCCGAUCCGCGUCUUUUCUUCGAGGUGAGAGUUCCUGACGUUGGGACUCUCAAAAGUGUUUGAAAAAUAAGAGUCGUUUCUUCCACGAAUCGAAACAACAUACGAGUAUCAUCUAUUUGAAAGACCAUGAAGCGAAUCGGCUCGGGAUCGGAUGUCGGCAGUUCGAGGUCGUCGAGACUCCCCGAUUACUAUCCAUCAGGAAGAGAACUCGAAGAGAAAGAAAGACGGAGAAGAGAAUGGAGGAGACAGCAGGAACUGGAACGAGAGCAUGAAAGACUGAAGAGAGAAAAAAUCGAAGAGUACGAAAGAAAACGAAGAGCACAGGAGCUCAAGAACGACAGGAGAAGAUCUUCUCGUCGAAGCAAAGAUAGGAGCAGAAGUUCUUCACCGAAUGAUCGUCACAAACGUGAAACUGAAAAAAUUAGCACGUCGAAGUCUGCAGUCAUGUCGCAAAAAUUGGAAUCGUCGAGUAGCAACGGCCGACUUUUUAAUGGUCCGGAAGGCACGAAGAUAGAUUUAACGGAACUGCGAAGAAUAAAAGUCGACAUUCACCGGAAUUUAACAACGACGGAAACGAGCAACGAGCUGCAACGUGAAAUAGUUGAUCCCGAGGACGUCAAAGUGAAGAGACGACAGGGUGAAGGUUCCAAGCCGAUUUUCGAGCGCGAGGAAUUGAAGAAGCCGAUUGAUCCAGCUUCCGAAGUCGAGGAACGUCGCACCGUUGUUUCAGUGAGCGACCUUAAAACAGAGAGACGAAAAUCCUCGCCGAAAAAACGUUCGGCGUCACCGACGAGUCCCUCGGCCAGAUCAAGCGUGAGGCGCCAUACCGACAGUCAUGAUUCGAGAUAUGAAAACUUUAGACGACAUGCCGACAGGCACACAGAGCACCGAAGCCAUAAGCAAUCCGGCGAAUCAGAUCGUGGUCGAAGCAAGGAACACAGAGCUAGACACGAGUCUGAUGAUACACGCCGACACCGCUCUUUGCGAAAGCCUAGUCACGAUGCUAGUCAAGACCACAGAGAUCGGCGGAAUCGUUCCCACUCAGCUGAUCGACAAUCACGAAGAAGCGAGACUCGAAGCAGGUCGAACAGAGAAGUAAUACCUCAUCGAGAUCAUCGUGAAAAUUCGCGUGAUGAUUCUCGUGACAGGCGAAACCGCAACGAUCGAUCGAGGGAGAGAAGGAUGCAAAUGCCUCAUCAUUAUGCAGAUGCUAUGCCAGUUCCCUUGUACUACGAGAGUUUUCAUCCGAGGCCCAUCAUGAUCGGUCCGAUGAUGCCUAUGCCUGGUCAAAUGCCUAUGAGUCGAGGUGGAAUGCGACCGAUGAUGGCUCCCAUGCGACCACCUUAUCCACCAAGAUUUUUUCCGCCAGAAAUGUACAGACAAGCUCCGCAUCCCAAUUCACGGUUUGCUCGAAUGUUUUGAAGAAACAUGCCGCCCAGGACAGUGGAAAGUUUAAAUAGUUUUUAAGACUUUUGUAUAUACUACCUUCUGAUCUUGCUCACUCUUAGACGUUCUCAGUUUUCAUCUCAAAGAACUCUCGAUGGGAAUACUAAAUUAUUAUUUGUGCAUGAAGAAAUAAUUAAUUUUACUUGUAUACAAAAGAUGAUGAAAAAAUAUCAGAGAACUUUGCUUGUUUGUACGUUCGCGAAUUAAUCCGCGAUAGUUAUCGUCCAGGAAUUAAUUCUAGUGAAUAAGAAAUGAAAGAAGAAAAACAAUGAAUGUGAUGAAAAUCGACUGCGAUCGAAUUAAUUUUAAGUGACAUUUUUUUAAUCAACAAUAUACAAGCACGUGGAAAAAAUCAAAAUACUGCCAAAAAAACACUUUAAUUAAAA